AAUGUUGAUUUCUACUUGUGAUAUGAUAAGACAUAUUUUUCAUAUAUUCGAUACUUGUAAUUCAUUUUUUAUAUUAAUUUUUUUUCAAAAGUUGUCAUUGUGAAGAAAUAACGACUAGAUAAAUCUCUUUGUUCAUCAAAGUAAAUUAGUUUUUAAUUAUUUAUUUAUUUUUUAUUGCAAUGAGCAAAGAUGGUGCGUUAUGGAAGUGGCAAAAAGGAACAUGUGAAAUGGUCAUUGGUGAAAUACUUGGUACAGGUAUAUUAAUAUUCAUUGGAUGUAUGGGAUGUAUUGGAACAAUGGGUGCAUCACCACCACCACCAAUGCAAACAGCAUUGACAUUUGGCCUGACAGUCAACAUGAUCAUAAUGAUGCUCGGUCAUAUAAGUGGUGCCCAUCUAAAUCCUGCAGUGACAAUUGGAGCUGUUAUCAUUGGACUUAAAAGUAUACCAACUGGUAUUGCUUACAUUGUUGCACAAAUAAUUGGUGCAAUAAUUGGCUAUGGAUUGUUGAUGGCUGUAACUCCACCUGCACUAUUUAAUGAUGGCAUUAAAAAUUCAACAGUACCACUUUGUGUUACAGUUAUACAUCCUGAAGUAUCAAUAGCUCAAGCAAUUAUCAUUGAAGCACUUUGUACAGCUUGUAUACUAUGUACAGCUUGUGCAACAUGGGACAAAAGAUGUGCUCAUACAACUGAUUCAACUGCAAUACGUUUUGGAUUUGCUGUUGCUGGAAUAUCAUUUGCAGCUAGUCCUUACACCGGUUGCAGCAUGAAUCCAGCACGUACUUUUGGACCUGCACUUUGGAAUAAUGCAUGGAAUCAUCAAUGGGUUUAUUGGAUUGGUCCAACAGUUGGUGCUUUAUUAGGUACUUAUACUUACCAAAUAUUUUUUGGUCUUCCAUCAAAAAAAUUUCGACAUGAUGAACCAACUGAACUAUCAAUCAUCGAUGAAAAAGGAGCUUAUCAAUUGCCAUCAGAAUAAUAACUCUAAUUAUUUUUUUAUUAUUAUUAAACUGAUUCAGUAUUUACGGUUUAUUAAAUUUUUUAAAUUAUUACAUAUUUUUAUAAUUAUGUAUACAAAUUGUUGUCUGUUAUAAAUGAUCAUAUAUAUAAUAAAUAAUGUUAUUAAAAAUU